CAUCGAUGAACGGAAGUUUAUGUUAACAGAAUUCUAUUAAUAGAGUAAUAGUGUGUGUUUAUGUUUAAAGUUGAAAACAAUGAAUAAUAUAAUUCAUUCGUUUGAUUUAAAUUCUUCUUCAUUAUCAUCGUCAUCAUCGAAUGCAACAACAACCACAACCACAACAAAUAAUUAUCAAGCAUUACUUAGUCAUUUUUGUUCAUGGCAACGAUCAAGAAAAAUGAUGGCGAAAAUGUUUUCAACAUCAUCAACAUCGACAACAGCAAAAAAUUCCUCCUCAUCAACAUCAUUUGUUGGACAUCAAAUUAAUCCGAUUAAUAAUCUUUGUUAUCAAUCUGUUUCGAUUAAUAAUAAUAAUAAUAAUGAUCAUAAUCAACAAAAAUUUCCACAUCAAACAUUCGUAAAUCGUAAAUAUAUGAUUGGUCGUAAUAAUAAUAAAUCAAAUCCAAUAGUUAGUUUUCUUAAUAAAGGUGAUGGUAAAAUUGCAGUUAAUUUUAAAACAAAAUCACCAUCAUCACCAUUACCAUCAUCAUUAGAAAAGCCGCUAGUCAUUUUACAAAAUGAUAAUCAACUUUAUUCAAUGGAUAUUUUAAUGGCUUCUUCUUCUUCUGAUCAUCAUCGAACAUCCGAAUCAAAUUGUUAUGCAACAUUAGAACCACCAACUGUUGAUUAUAAUAAUUAUCAACAACAACAACAAAAUGAUUAUAAUUAUAUUGAUCCAAAUGAUCCAUUUUCAAAUGAAUCAUGGUAUUAUGGUACAAUUGAACGUGAACAUGCUAUUCAUUUGAUUGAAAAUUGUCCAACCGGUUCAUUUAUUGUUAGAAAAUCAAUUACACAGGAUCAUUGUUAUGCAUUAACUAUCCGUGUACCAUAUGAUUAUAAUUAUACUGGUAUUGCACAUUAUCUUAUUCAAUCUAUAAUCGAUAAUAAUAAUAAUGAUAAUAAUAAUAACAAUAACAAUGAUGAUGAUGAUUGUAAAAAAGAAAAAAUGAUAAAAUUUAAAAUUAAAGGAUUUCAAAAAGAAUUUCCAACAAUUUCAUCAUUAAUCAUACAUCAUAGUAUAAUGAAAGAACAAUUACCAUGUACAUUACGUUUGAUUCAAACAAAAUUAUCAUCAUCAUCGCCUUUAUCAUCAUUAUCAUCAACAACAUCACCAAUAACGAAUAAUACAUUAUAUCGAAAAAAAUAUUAUCAAUCACAGCCAAAGGCUAUUAAUAAUUAUUAUUUAGGAAAAAAAACCAAUUAUGGUGGUUCAAUAACACCGGCAACAACAAAAUCAUCAUCAUCAUCAUCGUUAGCCAUGUAUGGUUCAUCAACAUAUCGUUCGAAUUGGAAUCUUGUUCAAUCACCAACAACAACAAUUGAUGAUCGAAUGGUUGAUGUUGACCUCGAUCCAACCUAUCAACGAAUACUUGAAAAUUUUCGUAAAGCAAUGGCUCAUUGUAAUUGACAUAUUAUUAUUAUUAUUAUUUCAUCAUAAUAGCAAAAAAAAAAUUUCAAAUUUAUUUAUUUCAUAAUAAUAUUUGUGAUAA